GGCCGCACCCCCGGCAGGAGGAGGAGCCGAGCCUGGUCCGAGCCUGUGUUUUCCCCUGGUGCAGGCGCUGUUCCCUGCAGAACGGAAGCCAUAGGAGGAGGAAUUUAAGGUAAAAGACCGGCUGCUACCCCCUCAGCACUCCAAGCUGCGCCAUGCUUGCUCUCCGCAGUGGCCUAACUAGGAUUCUGUCCCCGCGGAUGCUGGCUACUCAGGUAUGCUCAUCUUUUGCCACAGGACCCAGACAAUACGAUGGAACAUUCUAUGAAUUUCGUACCUAUUAUCUUAAGCCCUCAAAGAUGAAUGAGUUCCUGGAAAAUGUUAAGAAAAACAUUCAUCUUCAGACAGCUCGCUCUGAAUUGGUUGGAUACUGGAGUGUAGAAUUUGGAGGCAGACUGAAUAAGGUGUUUCAUAUUUGGAAGUAUGACAAUUUUGCUCAUCGAAUUGAAGUUCAGAAAGCCUUGGCCAAAGAUAAGGAAUGGCAAGAACAAUUUCUCAUUCCAAAUCUGGCUCUUAUUGAUAAACAGGAGAGUGAAAUUACUUAUCUGGUGCCAUGGUGCAAAUUAGAAAAACCUCCAAAAGAAGGAGUUUAUGAACUGGCUACUUUUCAGAUGAAACCUGGUGGGCCAGCUCUGUGGGGGGACCCAUUUAAAAGGGCAGUUCACACUCAUAUCAAUCAAGGCUAUGCAAAAUUAGUUGGAGUAUUCCAUGCAGAAUAUGGCAUGCUCAACAGAGUUCACGUUCUUUGGUGGAAUGAGAGUGCAGAUAGCCGUGCAGCCGGGAGACAUCAGUCUCAUGAGGAUCCCAGGGUCGUGGCAGCUGUUCGGGAAAGUGUCAACUUCCUUGGGUCUCAGCAGAAUAUGCUUCUGAUUCCUACAUCAUUUUCACCUUUGAAAUAGUUUUCUACUAAAAUACAAAGCAUUUCAUGAACUGCUGCAAGAUAUGUCUGCUAAUGGUGCUUGAUUUUUCCUAAAAGAUUCUCAUUUUUAUUUGAAGGAGGUGGUAAGCUAUUGCUAUGUCCCUUGCAGUUUUAAAAAUCACCGCUGUCCACUGUCACCACCACCUCAAGAAACAGUCUAUUCAUUUUCCCCCUGACAUUUUAGUAUCUGCUAGACAUUAAAAAUAGUUGCUAUUGGAGUUCUCCUGAGGUGCAGUGGUAUAAGGAUUUGGUGGUGUCACUGCAGUGGCUUGGGUCACUGCUGUGACAUGAGUUCAACCCCUGGCCUGGGAACUUCCACUUGCCAUGGGUGUGGCCAAAAAAAAUAGUUGCCAUUACUACAAGAUCUUGAUUUUUUUAUUUGUUUCAGAAUAUCUCUUAUACUCCAUUUUGACAGCCCUCUAUUUUUAAAGCAUCUUCUAAUAUUCAAAUGAUCAUGUUACAUUUCCAUACAUGUGAUAAUAUUUUUAAGUUAUUUGAAUACAUUAUCAACCUUUCAUCAUGUCGGUUUUUCUGAGAUUUUAAGGCUUGAUAUUCAUAAAAAUAUUAAGCAUAUUUCUUUACUAUGGAAAAGUACAAUAUCAUCAGUGUCAUCUUAUUAAUUAUAGUUUUUACAUUAAUAAUCAGUUACUUGGAAAAUAAUACUGUUAGGUCCUGCUAUUAAAAAUCAUUGAUGACUCCUUGGUUUAUAUGCUGCAGUGUCAUUACAGUUAAUUUUACUAAUUUUUACUUCAUUUUGGAUCACUGUUUAACAAAGGUACUUGGUCAUCUGUUUGUUUUCAUGAGUUAUUUUUUGAUAUGGACAUGUUUGCCCUAAUAAAAGCCUAUAUAUACAA